AUUACUUAUGUGUCUCUGCCUCUUUCAGGACUCAAAACAAGCAAGAUGUCUGCACCUAAAGGAGUCGCCAUCGGCAUCGACCUGGGCACCACCUACUCCUGCGUGGGCGUCUUCCAGCACGGAAAAGUGGAAAUCAUUGCCAACGACCAGGGCAACCGGACCACGCCGAGCUACGUGGCGUUCACCGACACCGAGAGGCUCAUCGGGGACGCGGCCAAGAACCAGGUGGCUUUAAACCCCAGCAACACCGUGUUUGACGCCAAGAGGCUGAUUGGCAGAAAGAUCGACGACCAGGUGGUGCAGGCCGACAUGAAGCACUGGCCCUUCAAGGUGGUGGGAGACGGAGGGAAGCCCAAGAUUCAGGUGGAGCACAAGGGGGAGUACAAGACCUUCUCCCCGGAGGAGAUCUCCUCCAUGGUCUUGGUGAAGAUGAAGGAGAUCGCCGAGGCCUACCUGGGCCAAAAGGUGUCCAACGCCGUUGUCACAGUGCCGGCGUACUUCAACGACUCCCAGAGACAGGCCACAAAAGACUCCGGCGUCAUCGCGGGACUCAACGUCCUGAGGAUCAUCAACGAGCCGACGGCGGCCGCCAUCGCGUACGGGCUGGACAAAGGCAAGUCGGGGGAACGCAACGUCCUGAUCUUCGACCUGGGCGGCGGCACCUUCGACGUGUCCGUCCUGACCAUCGAAGAUGGGAUCUUUGAAGUCCGAGCCACGGCUGGAGACACUCACCUGGGCGGAGAGGACUUUGACAACCGCGUGGAGGACCACUUUGUGGAGGAGUUCAAGAGGAAGCACAAAAAGGACAUCGGCCAGAACAAGAGGGCCUUGAGGAGGCUGCGCACCGCUUGUGAGCGGGCCAAGAGGACGCUGUCCUCCAGCUCGCAGGCCAGCGUCGAGAUCGAUUCUCUGUUCGAGGGCGUCGACUUUUACACCUCCAUCACCAGAGCUCGCUUUGAGGAGCUGUGCUCCGACCUGUUCAGGGGAACGCUGGAGCCCGUGGAGAAAGCCCUGAGGGACGCCAAAAUGGACAAGGCGCAGAUCCACGAAGUCGUCCUGGUCGGCGGCUCCACCCGCAUCCCCAAGAUCCAGAAGCUCCUGCAGGAUUUCUUCAACGGCAAGGAGCUGAACAAGAGCAUCAACCCUGACGAGGCGGUGGCCUACGGCGCCGCCGUGCAGGCCGCCAUCCUCAUGGGCGACACCUCGGCCAACGUUCAGGACUUGCUGCUGCUGGACGUGGCUCCUCUGUCGCUGGGCAUCGAGACGGCUGGAGGCGUCAUGGCGCCGCUGAUCAAACGCAACACCACCAUCCCCACCAAACAAACCCAGGUCUUCACCACCUACGCCGACAACCAGCCCGGGGUCCUCAUCCAGGUCUACGAAGGGGAGCGCGCCAUGACCAAGGACAACAACCGGCUGGGCAAGUUCGAUCUGGCGGGGAUCCCGCCGGCUCCACGGGGGGUCCCGCAGAUCGAGGUCACCUUCGACGUGGACGCCAACGGCAUCCUGAACGUGUCGGCGGCGGACAAAAGCACCGGCAAAGAGAACAAGAUCACCAUCACCAACGACAAGGGCCGCCUGAGUAAAGAGGAGAUCGAGAGGAUGGUGCAGGACGCAGACGAGUACAAAGCCGAGGACGACCUCCAGAGGGACAACAUCUCUGCCAAGAACUCCCUGGAGUCCUACGCCUUCAACCUGAAGAGCAGCGCGCAGGACGAGAACCUGAAGGGCCAACUGAGCGCCGAGGACCAGAAGAAGCUGCUGGAGAAAUGCGAGGAGACCAUCGCCUGGCUGGAGAACAACCAGCUGGCCGAUAAAGACGAGUACCGACACAAGCAGGAAGAGCUGGAGAACGUGUGCAACCCCAUCGUCAGCAAGUUGUACCAGGGAGGGCGGCCCGCAGGAGGCUGUGGGGCGCAGGCUCGAGCCGGCUCCCAGGGGCCCACCAUCGAGGAGGUGGACUAAAGGGUACCCUUCAUGAGGACUAUAUAAUCAGUGGGAAUGUUUGAAAGACAACCGGAGCUUUAUAUUCAUAUGUUUAAAAAAAGGGAUCUCCACUGUGGUGAAGUUGUUUAACGAGUGCAAUCUGUGUGUAUUUUUAAUCUCUGCCUUGCUGGACAUUGCAAUAAAGAUCAAAUGUAAAUAUGAAAAGAAAAAAAUA